CGAACUGUCAUCGUUCAUGUUUGUUAUUGUUUGGAUUUUCAUUCAGAAGUUGCUAAUCGUCAGCAGUUUCUCUCUAAAAGUUAUUAUUGCAUUAAUUUGUAAUAAAAUUACAAUUUUGCGUAUAAUUUGCGAUAACUUGAAGUGUAAAACGAGUGAUAUUUCUUGGAGUUCGUGCUGCUAAACCACCACCACUGAAAGCAACCCAAAAUGGGCAAGGGGAAAGCAGAAGUCGGAACGCCCAAGUACCUGGCCAACAAGAUGAAGGCCAAGGGCUUGCAGAAGCUGCGCUGGUACUGCCAAAUGUGCGAGAAGCAGUGUCGCGACGAGAACGGAUUCAAGUGCCACACGAUGAGCGAAUCCCAUCAGAGGCAGAUUUUGCUGUUUGCCGACAAUGCGGGCCGAUUUAUCGACAGCUUCUCGUCGGAGUUCAUGACUGGGUAUUUGCAAAUUCUUCGGAGGCAGUUCGGAACUAAGCGUGUUGCGGCCAAUAAGGUCUACCAGGAGUACAUUUCCGAUCGGCACCAUCUGCAUAUGAACUCCACCAAGUGGCACUCGCUGUCGGAGUUCGUGAAGUAUCUCGGAAGGAAUGGUCACUGUGUGGCGGAUGAAACGGAGAAAGGAUGGUACAUUACAUACAUCGAUCGGGAUCCAGAAACUCUAGCGAUGCAGGAGAAAAUGGCCAAGAAACAGAAGAUGGACAAGGAUGACGAAGAACGGCUGGCAGAGUUCAUCGAGGAACAGGUUCGUCGGGGGAACAAGGAGGAGGAACCCAGCACCUCAUCCUAUACGGAACUGAAGCGGGACAAUGAGGAGGAAACGAUAAAACUUGAUCUGAAGCUUGGUACCAACAUUAAGAUGGAAAGCAAGCCUUUAAAGCUAGAAAAACGACCUCUAGAGGUUGCCGAUGAGUUCAAGAAGGAAAAGAAAUUCAAACCCGGAGCUAGUUCCUCGAGUGGGUUCAAAAAGCCAUCCGCCUUGGAUGAGCUGAUUCGGGAGGAGGAAAUUAAGAAGGAGAAAAGCAACCGCAAGGACUACUGGCUGGCGGAAGGUAUCGUCGUGAAGUUGGUGUCCAAAUCCCUCGGAGAAAAGUACUACAAAGAAAAGGGCGUUGUGGUGGAAGUGAUUGAUAAGUACCGAGCCAAGAUUAAACUGCUGGAAACCGGGGACAAGUUGAAGGUUGAUCAGGCACACUUGGAAACCGUAAUCCCGGCGAUCGGCAAGCAAGUCCUGGUGCUGAAUGGGGGCUAUCGAGGAAAUACCGCCACCCUCAAGGAAAUCGACACCGACAACUACUGCGUAACGAUCGAAAUAGCAUCCGGACCACUGAAAGGCCGAAUAGUGAACAAUGUGCAGUACGAAGAUAUAAGUAAGUUGUUUUAGGCAAGGAGUGGAAUUAGGUUAGUAAAAUAAAAAACUAUGCUAAGAAAAAGUA